AGGUCAAUAAAUACAUGCCAAUUCCACAUCCAUUAUCACGACCACAAAUCUCUCACCCCUUCUCCCUCUCAAUAGAAGGAGCUCACAAACUCAGAUAAUUAGAAACUACAUCGAAAAUGGCACAAAAGGUGGAAGCGCAAGGAGGCAGAGGAGGAAAGCAAUGGGACGAUGGAUCCGAACACGACGGUGUGACGAAGAUUCACAUAGAAGUUGGUCGCAAAGGCAUUCAACACAUCAAGUUCGAUUAUGUCCGAAACGGACAACUCAAAGAAGGAUCGGUCCACGGUCUCAAACGUAACAGAGUUCAAACGUUUGAGAUUAACCAUCCUGAUGAAUAUCUCGUAUCCGUGGAUGGUACGUACUAUGAUGACAACGGUAUCAUUCAAUCGCUACGGUUCAAGACCAACAAGAACACUACCGAUGUCUUCGGAUACGACGUGGAUGAUGGUACUUCGUUUUCAAUUGAAGCCAAGGACAAGAAGAUUGUCGGGUUUCAUGGGUUUGCUGGUAACGAUCUCAAUUCGCUUGGAGCAUAUUUCGUACCGAGUUCAUCGUCCUCGCCCGGUUCGUCUCUGUCUCCUCCGUUGAAAUCGGAAGCGAAAGGUGGUAACGGAGGAGAAUCAUGGGACGAUGGUGCUCAUGAUGGUGUAAGAAAAGUGUUGGUCGGACAAGGCGAUUCUUCUGUCGUGUAUGUCAAGUUCGAGUACGAGAAAGGUGGCGAAAUCGUAGCUCGUGAUCAUGGCAAGAGGACUCUACUAGAGCCCGAAGAGUUUGUGCUUGGACAAGACGAGUACAUCUCGUCGGUGGAGGUUUACUACGAGAAAGUAUAUGGCAGUUCGAGCGAAGUCAUCAUGGCUCUGAUCUUCAAAACGUCAAAGGGAAGAACCUCUCAGCCAUUCGGUAUAGUGUCCGGCACAAAAGCCGUGCUCGACGGCAAAGGUGGCAAACUCCUAGGGUUCCAUGGACGAGCGGGCGAAGCUCUUAACGCCAUUGGAGCGUAUUUUGCUGCUUCGGCCGCUUCUUCUCUGUCCCCCGCCAAGAAAAUCGAAGCUCAAGGCGGCGAUCUGGGAGAUUCAUGGGACGACGGCGUUCACGACGGCGUUAGGAAAGUGCACGUCGGGCAAGGUGAUUCCAGUGUCGUGUACGUUAAGUUUGAGUACGACAAGGGCUCAAAGCUCGUGGUCGGAGCGGGUCAUGGAAAGAAAACGCUUCUUGAGCCUGAAACGUUUGAGCUCAACUAUCCAAGUGAAUACAUCACGGCGGUAGAGGGCUACUACGAUAAAAUCUAUGGAAUCAAAGCUCCCGUCAUUACCUCGCUUAGGUUCAAGACGAACAAGCGGACUUCUCCACCGUUUGGGAUCGAGGCCGGUACGAAAUUCGUGCUUGGAGAGAACGGUAGCAAAAUCGUCGGCUUCCAUGGGAAAGCAGGCGAUGAACUUCACAAGAUUGGUGUUCACGUUGUGCCAACCGGCUUCACCAAGCCUUUAGGGAAGUGGAUUAAGAUGAAGCAACAAGGAAGGGGUCCAGCGGAGAGAAGCUCACACGUCAUAGCCGUGGUGGGAGACAAAAUGUACUCAUUCGGCGGCGAGUUCCGGCCAAACACUCCCAUCGACAGCCACAUCUAUGUCUUCGAUCUCAAGACUCAGAUAUGGUCAAUCGCUCCGGCCACCGGCGACAUUCCCCACAUCACCUGCAUCGGCGCCUGCAUGGUCUCCCUCGGUCCCACCCUCUACCUCUUCGGCGGCCGCGAUGGCAAACGCAACUACUCCGGCUUCUACUCUUACAACACACUCACGAACGAGUGGAAGCUACUAACCCCCGUGGGUGAGGGGCCCGCGUCUCGGAGCUACCACUCCAUGAUCGCUGAUGACAAGAACGUCUACUUAUUUGGCGGCGUCAGCGCUAAAGAGCGGGUCAAGACCCUUGAAGCUUACAACGUCGGGGAAGGGAGAUGGGUCCAGUUCCCGACCCCUGGCGAGCCCUGUAAAGCACGAGGGGCUCCGGGACUGGUCGUGGUGAAAGGGAAGAUAUGGGUUGUAUACGGAUGUUGCGGGGAAGAAAUGGACGAUGUCCAUUUCUUCGAUCCCGUCCAAGGGAAAUGGACCAUGGUCGACACGAAAGGAGAGAAACCAUCACCAAGAAGCGUUUUUGCCACUGCGGUCGUGGGGCGAUACAUCGUUAUAUUCGGGGGCGAGAUAGAGAUGGACCCGAAGCCGCAUAUCGGACCGGGGAAAUUCGACGGGGAUACUUUCGCGUUGGACACGGAGACCUACGAGUGGAAGAAACUCGACGCAUGGGUCGAUGGAACGCACGAGGAGCGUCCGGGGCCGCGUGGUUGGAGCGCGUUUGCGUCUGCGUCCAUCGACGGGCGUGACGGCCUGCUGAUGUACGGAGGCAACACUCCGACCAACGACCGCGUCAGCGAUAUCUUCUUCUUCAGUCCUAAUCUCUGAGCUGAUUAGUAUGCCGAUGCAAUAUACAAUAUGGUUUUCUGUUUCCAGUUAGUAAUUCAAUAAAGUUGCGGUCGUUAAAGACACGCAUCUGGUUUGUGUGGUUAUGAUUGAUUUCUUGUUUGUCUA